CCUUAGUAAGCCGUGCAUAAAGAAGGGCUGACUCGGCUGAGAUCACACAAAGAACGCGCUCCAGCAUGAUGGCCGAUUUCGAUGCAAUCUACGAGGAGCAGGAGCUGUCCGAGGAGAACCUGGACGAGACACACGUGCAGAUGGUUCCGGAUCCGAUUGUGAUCCGUGGAGCGGGCAAUAUGACAGUGUUUGGCCUGAGCAAUCGAUUCAACGUGCAGUUCCCAGCCGGUCUGGUAUCGCGCGUAGCGCCAGAAGAAUUCAAGGCGACCGUGAUGCGAAUCAAUGCCGUGUUGAAGAAGACGCUACCGGUGAACGUAAAGUGGUUGUUUUGCGGUUGUGUCUGCUGCUGCUGCACGCUAGGGUGUUCUCUAUGGCCUGUGAUAUGUUUAAGUAAGAGGACACAGCAUACGCUAAACAAACUGCUCGAGUGGGAAAACAGUCACCUUUAUCACAAACUCGGGCUGCACUGGCGGUUGAGCAAGCAGCAGUGCGAUUCCAACUCCAUGAUGGAGUACGUACUGUUGAUAGAGUUUAUACCGAAAACACCGAUCUACCGGCCAGAUUAGAAAGCCCGCGCGCGACGACCCCGGAGAAAAGGAACACCCUUACGCGACCCCGGAAAGAAGCGGCGUCGAUUUAAACACAAUAUCAACCAUGUAUUAUUAACUAUCGAUUUCGUGAACUGUGUAAGAGCGUACUAGUGAAAAUUUUAUCAUCAUUAUUUUAAUCAAACUAACACCCCGUCGUC